AUGGCGACGUCUCUGGCUGCGCAGUUGGCGCAAAUCGCCGCCAACUCCAAGGCCACUCUCAACGUCAAGGCGCAAAAGGCGGCGCACUCCAAGUCUCUGAUUUGGGAGCCCCGAGUCGCCGCGACGCAGAGCUACCAGACGCUCUACACGACAUGCUAUCCUGGGUUUGAGGAGCUGUGCCAGCUCGACGCCCGCUUUGCGCGCUUCCAGUCGACGAUAUUCAGCCAAGAGAGCCAGGAGCAGGACAGGACCCAGCUCUCCGCGGCCGAGAAUGAAGAGCUGGAUCGCCAGAUUGAGGCCUUCCUGCGCUUGGCUGGGAGCCGCCUACGGCUCAUGCCGGCAAUUAAGUCAAUUGAAUGGCUUAUUCGGCGUUUUCGCAUUCACGAGGACAACACCUCCGUUCUUCUUCUAACUUUCCUCCCAUACCACUCCAUCCCGACGUUCGCCACUCUGUUGUCCAUCCUUCCUUCCAGGAUCCCCCACGAGUUCCGAUUCCUCGAUCCGUACGUUAGAUCUCUCACGCCUCCGCCGAGGUCGGUUCUUGUGCAUCAGGCCAUCCAUCACCCCGAAUUUCUCUCAGCCUUUUCCGAAUAUACACUCGAGUCAUGCCGGAAGCAGUUUCAGCACCCUGCUCUCAUCACCUUUUGGGCCGGGCUCACGACAGAGGCCGUCAAUGGAUUGCUCGACAGGACGCGAUCUGGACGAGCGGCUGUGCAGAGCGAGAACACCCAAGCCCUCCUGCACAGGGUCGGUCCAGUUUUCGCCGAGGCAUUGACCAUGAAGAAGAUCCCCAGUCUUCAGAUUGCGUCGUACAUGGCCUUGGCGGUUUUUGUGUCCAAAGCGAAUCUCGAAGACGUGGCUGUUACGGCCUUCAUGCAGCAGCUGGUCCAUGGUUGGACAAACGACACAGUUAGGCCCGGUCUCGUUUGCCUGGCCAUCAUGGCUCAGUUCAGGUCCGCGAAGCAAAUGAACAGCAAGGUUACCAAGGCUCUCAUGAAAGUGUCCGGUAUUGGCCCUCUCCUGGUUGAGAUUGGUCAGGAGAGGAGGAUUGACAAACUGGCCAACGGCCUCUGCCUGGCACUUAUCGAGCGAUUCACCAAGAAGGGGGACUCACGGGGCCUUCCGACAAUAAUGGCGAUAUUGAGCAGCCAGAUCCUCCAGGAGAAGCAAAUCGCUGUCAUCUUCAAGUCUCUCCUUCUCACCGCCCUCAAGCUCAACGACAGCAACGAAGACGGCCAGCUGGGUCGGGAGCUCGGAUCCGCUCUCAUCGCCUUGUCUCAAACGUCUGGGCGGUCUGGAGAAAUCAUCCAAUCAGUCAUACAGGAUGUUGAGUUUGACAUUGAAGAGUUGGAGUUGAAGCUAGACCUUUCUUUCCGUACUAGGAAGCUGCCCGAUGCAGGUGCCGAGAUUGCACAGCCCAUCGAAGGCAUGUCAAAGCCCCAAAGCUCGCAGGCACUCGAAGCAGCGGUAGACGAGUUGUCAGCGCGCAAGGAGUCGCUGUCUCCAUGCCUUCUGCCUCAACCAAACGAAAUCUUCGACGAAUUCAGCCACCUCUUCUUCACGAUAGUCUCGGAACAAGCAAAGAACACUACGGCCUUGGACAAGUUCGACCAGAGUACCAAACUCCGGCGCUCGUCGGCUUUCAAGGACAGCACCUAUUUCAGCUUCUUCGUCCGUAUCUGGUCCGGCCCAUACCCUGCGCUGGCCCGCAUGGCAGCCUUGAACAUGGUCAAGAAUCGCCUCAAGGCCAGCGACGAUGGCAAGUUGGACAUGCAGGCUCUUGUGCCUUACUGUGUAGCUGCAUUGGCCGACCCGUCGAAGCGAGUCCGUCAGGCAGCAGCCGAGCUGAUCACGGUCUUGACGAGUCUUUAUACCGUACCUGUCGCAGCCAAGUCUAUGAAGACCUGGGGCGCCGGAGCCUUGUAUGGAAAGUCAAAGGAUGUUGCAUCCCUUGGAGCUGAUGUGGCCGCGAAGAUGCUUCAUCUGCAAAUAUUACCGAGUAUCGAGGAGUGUGUCAUGGACUUCAACCACAUCACGUCUGUCAUCACGUCUGCUAUCGAUCAAGGCAAGUACCAGACAGCUCCGGAACCGGCUCUCGACAAGAAGGACCAUAUGGGCCAAUCAGCAAGGCUGGCUCUAUUGACAUUCUUCUCGUCGCAUGUUAAUUUCACACCUCUUGUUGUGGUCAAACAGAGGCUGCUCAACGCGCUCGACCAGGUCCGGGCCGUCGGAACCACUUCAAGAACUCAACUGCUGUUGCCAACCUUGCAGUGGUGGGUCAGCCUGACGGAGGAAGACACUGCCGAGGUAUGCCGUUCCGAGCAGUUGGACAGAGGUGAACUGGAUGCUUGCUUUGUGGACACCGUGGUCUCGAACGACAGCAAUGGCUUGGAAUAUCUUUUCAAGGUUUUGAAAGAUCCGUCUAAGCAAGAAAAGUCCGAUCUGCUGCGAGCGAUAUUUGCCCGGGUGCGCAAAAUGUGGCCAGCCAUGAAGGAUGAAACCAAGUUCAUGGUUGCCGAGCAGCUGCUGGAGAUUUCUCAGUCGCCCACCGCGGACCCCGAUUCAGUGGUGCCUGGUGAAGCUGCCGACGUGCUCAGGGCGGUGCCACUUACCACUGACAUCCUAUCAUUCUUCCUCGACUCGAUCCAAACUGGCACCAAGAUGAUCACGGAGCCUCCGCCAAACAAGAGACGGCGCACGAGCUCGUCAGACGGCAACCGCGGCCUCAUCACCCAGAUGACGCCGGAGCUGAGCCAAGCGUUGCGCAAGGUCACAUUUGUCUUGCAGCUCGUCGAGAACUCGGAUCCAGUGUCUCACCCCGAGCUUCUGGACGGACUGUUUACUGCCCUGUCUGAGCUUCAACACUUUAGAACGGUCGUUGGCUCCGAGCUUGGCUAUCUUCAGAACCUGAUCUUGCGGAGUCUUCUUGCCAUGAUGCCCGCUUACCGCGACAAUAAUGACCUCAAGAUCGAUAGCUCUGGUGGAUACGGAGACCUGCUCGUCAACUGCAUCCAAAAAUCGUCGAGCCCGGUGGUUCAAAAUGCCGCGCUUUUGCUGGUGGCCAACCUUGCCACGACGGCACCUAAUCUGGUUCUGCACAGCGUCAUGCCCAUAUUCACCUUCAUGGGCACAUCGGUGCUCCGACAGAGCGACGAUUACUCGGCUCAUGUUGUCUCACAAACCAUCAAAGAAGUCGUGCCGCCGCUGAUUGAGUCGUUGCGACAAGGCAAGAAGAGCCCGGUUGCUGGCGCCUGCGACAUACUCGUCAGCUUUACGACGGCGUACGAACACAUUCCGGCGCACCGCAGACUCGGUCUCUUCGUGGCCUUGGUGGACACGCUGGGCCCGAGAGACUUCUUGUUUGCGCUCAUCAGCAUGCUGGUCGACCGAUACGACACCAGCGACGCCCUCCUGCACUUUGUGGUCGAUCUCUUGAACAAUUUCAGCACCGAGAUCCAGCUCGAGUCUUUUGUCAAGCUCCUGGAUCUCGUUGCCGAUCUUUUCAAGCCGAAGCCAGGCAUCUCGUUUAUCCUGCUCGGCAUCAGCGAGGAUCGAGAGGACAAGAACAUUGACAAGAUUGCCCUACGCCAGUUGUCAGCUUUACCUAGCUUCCUGGCAAGCAAAAAGCUCAAGGCACAGGUUGGCAAGCUCGUGGGUCGCGACGAUAUGGAAGCGUCCGAGGUUCGAGAGCUGUAUUCGUUGCUCCUUGAAAAUCUACUUGUCUUGGCCGACAAGGUCAAGUUGAACAAGGCGCUGCACGGAAGGUGCGGGGCUUCCUUGUCCAACCUGCUCAACCUUCUUUCGAUCGGAGAGUUCAUCAAGUCGGUGGAGAACCUGCUCGACCGCCCCGACAUGGGCCUUCGUCAAAAGGUUCUCCGUGCCUUGGAGGUACGCGUGGAGGCGGAGAGCAACACGGACGCGGCGUCCAGGCAAGCGUUGUUAGCCUUCUUGCCGCAGCUCACUGCGGCCAUCCGAGAGUCGUCAGACAUUCGGUACAAGCACACUGCCGUCACGUGUGUCGACAAGAUCGCGGAGAAGUACGGCAAGAAGGAUGUCGAGGCUGUCGUCGCUGCGGCUGCAACCAUUGCUGGGGAGCACUGUCUUGGACAGGAUGAGAUACGCCUUCGGGUCAUGGCUCUGCUGUGUCUCACGUCCCUCGUCGAUGUUCUGCAGGACGCCAUCGUCCCUGUCUUGCCUGUCGCCAUUCCACAGGCGGUUCAGUAUCUGGACGAGAGCCUGCAAGGCGAGAGCCCGGAUGAAGAGCUCCACUCUGCAUGCUACGGCUUCAUCAGCUCUUUGGCGGAGCAUCUGCCGUACAUGCUGUCGACCUACACUGAUCGCGUGCUGGCGAUCUCCAACAAGUCGGCCGAAGCCGGGCUGGACGAGGAGACGAAUGAGAGCCGAACCAGCUGCCUCGGGUUCCUGGCCAAGCGGCUUGACGCAAAGGACAUCUUCACGAGCUUGGACAAGAACUGGGAGCAAGCCAUGUCUGCAGGGUUCUCGGCAAUUCUCGAAAUUCUCGAUGUGCUGGGGGUAGCGAUCGACAGGCACCCCAAAUCCGCUAUCACUAAGCACGCGGGCCUGCUCACCAGCACGCUCCUCCGGGCAUUCGAUGUGCGCCGCCGCGUUCAUGCUGCUGGCGAGAAGGGCGAGCUUGCCCUGCGACAAGUAGCAAAUGUCGAGUCCGGGGUCAACGAAAAGGCGCUGAAGAUGAUAUACAAGCUCAACGAUGCCGCUUUCCGGCCCAUCUUCGUGCAGAUCGUCGAGUGGACGGCGACUGGAUUGCCCAAGUCUGACAAGACUGGACGAGCCCUCCGCCAGUACAGCGUCUACGGCUUCUUGCAGAGCUUCUUCUCGCAACUCAAGUCAAUCGUGACCAACUACGCGACGUACGUGGUUGACGAUGCCGUCAAGAUUCUUGGGGCGGCCGACGUCAAGGUUGCUGAAGAGCGAGAACUGUGGAAUCGUGUUCUCCAGACUUUGGAGACGUGCUUCGAGCAUGAUCAGGACGAUUUCUGGCAGGCGCCAUCACACUUUGGAGCCAUCGCGCCGGUACUCAUGCAGCAGUUCCUCCACGCAGGCUCUCUUGACGUUAACGAGAGGCUCGUCCCGGCGGUUGUUGGCCUGGCCGGGGCGGCGGAUUCCCAAGCCCAUCAGAAGGAGCUCAACUCGUCACUGAUGAAGCAUCUCAAGUCGGAGCAGACUGCGGUGCGACUGGCAGCGGUCAAAUGCGAGCAGGCGCUGACAGACCGGCUGGGCGAGGAGUGGCUGUCAAUGCUGCACGAGAUGCUGCCCCGCAUCAGCGAGCUACAGGAGGACGAUGACGAGGUUGUGGAGCGGGAGACGCACAGGUGGAUCGUCAAGAUCGAGGAAGUGCUGGGCGAAAGCCUCGACUCGAUGCUGCAGUAA